GGUAGUUAGAGGUACCUGGCGGUUAAGCUCUGAUAAGUGGCACCUUAGGCAGGUAGUACCUGUAGCUACCAAGUGAUCUUCAAUGGUGUAGGUAUAUGGUACUACCUGCAUGCACCGACCUGAGGCCCCUAGGUUGGCAGGUGGGUCGGUUACCUUGGGUACCUGUGGAGGCUCAGAGCUCACCCGCAGUUGUCGUCGGCUUCUCGUAUUCCUACGUCGCGUUCUUCGUGCGUUUAGGGCCCUACACCUCUAGCUCUCUUCCUGCCCUUCUCUCUCUCACUCCCUCUCGCGUCUCUUAAUAGUCAUAUCUGUACAGGCAAUUUUCCGUCUUUCCCUCAAAAAUUUAAUCGGCCUUCGUCUACCUGCCCGCCUCUUCCAUCUCCUCCCAGCCAUCCGACACACCAUUUAGAGAUGCCGUCCCAUGGGCUACGGCAGUGUAUCGGCGAUGUCUCGCCGUAUCUUAUCCUUUUGGUCAUCAUCAGCACUCUAGGACCGUUGCAGUUCGGGCUUCAUCUUGCCGAGCUCAACGCGCCACAAGAUGUCAUCAGCUGUCGAGUUAAGCCGGCCGUCUCCUCCAGACUGUCCUCAGUCCUAUCUUUCGUAUCUUCCCAGGACAAGGUCGCUGCUUCUACGUUGCCCGACUGCAUACCGAUGGACGAUGCCCAAUUCGCCGCCGUAUCGAGCAUGUUCACCCUUGGCGGGUUGGUCGGGGCGUUGGGGAGCGGUCCCUUAUCUUCGGCGAAAGGCCGCCUACCGGUUAUGCGGUUGACCAGCUUGUUCUACGCAACAGGCUCCGUGAUAGAGACCCUUGGUGCUUCCGUCGUCAUGAUGGCCAUCGGACGAGUUAUCUCCGGCGUCGGCGCUGGCGCCGCGACUGUUAUCGUGCCUAUCUAUAUCAGCGAGGUGGCCCCGCCUCGGGAGCGCGGGACCUUCGGAGCCAUGACCCAAGUCAGCAUCAACGUCGGUAUCUUGGUCACGCAGACCAUGGGCUACUUCCUCAGCUAUGGUUCAGCAUGGAGAUGGAUACUAAGCUCCGGCAUUAUCAUCGCUGCAUCUCAGGGACUCGGCCUCCUCCUAGUGCCAGAGAGCCCGGCUUGGUUAGCGGCGAAUGAGAGCGUUGCGAAGGCGAAACAAACCCUGCAAAGGAUCCGCGGCCGUAGCUACGACGUCGAAGAAGAGGCUGCCGUGUGGGACUCCGGGUUGGCACCGGAGGAAGAGGGCCUUCUCGAUGAUCCCUCUACCCGGCCGGUGGGAACGAACCCGAGGAGGGAUUCGGCUGCUAGUAAGGCUAGUGGGAAGAAUAGUUCCCACCUCGGCUUCUUGCAGGUCAUCAAGGACCCCUUGUAUCGUCCCGGACUAAUAGCCGCUAUUGGUGUUAUGUGCGCACAGCAGCUGUGCGGCAUCAACUCCAUCAUCAUGUAUUCGGUGUCUCUCCUAAGAGACCUCUUGCCGAUCAACUCGGCAUUGUUGACGAUCGUGAUAUCAGCUAUCAAUCUCGUCACCACUGCCGCCUGCUCGCCGCUCCCAGACAAACUCGGGAGGAAAACCUGCCUUCUACUUUCCAUAUUCGGCCAGGGCGCGAGCGCCCUCGUAUUGGCGGUGUCCAUAUUGUUCGAGACCAAAGUUAUCUCCGCUCUGACGGUGUUGUUCUUUGUCGCCUUCUUCGCCGUCGGACUCGGACCGGUCCCUUUCAUCCUGGCAUCCGAGUUGGUCGGACAGGAAGCCGUCGGAGCUACCCAAUCGGCCUGUCUGGGUGCAAAUUACGUCGCUACAUUCUUGGUGGCACAGUUUUUCCCGAUCAUCAACGUUGCUCUAAACAAGCGAUUCGGGGGUGCCGGUUGGGUGUACUUCAUCUUUGCCGCCCUGGCAGUCCUGAGUGGGCUUUUUGUCCAAUCGCGCGUGCCCGAGACGAAAGGGAAAAGGGAUGCGGAUGAGGUUUGGGGUCGAACACGCCGGAUUGACUAGAAGGGGGGGGGG